AUGUCUAAAAUACGAACCCAGCAGGUAGUCAUUGUCGGAAUCGACGCAAACACGAAGAUGGGACUCGAACAGCAAUCCGAUGUGCUAGGAAAAUGGUAUUAUCCAGCGGAACGCACGUCGGACAACGAGCAGCGCAAGCGGAAGAUGAGAACUCUUAAACUUCAGCUCGACUACGUUCUGGCGAGAAACAUUCCUCAGUCAGAUAUCCGAAAAUCUAGAGCUGUUUGGGACGUCGCCUUCGACUCUGACCACCAUCCAGUUCGUCUCAGCUUCAAGAUACGGUUCCACAAGAGAAACCAAGGAGUUCCCCUUCAAUCGAAAAUUGACAUGGCAGUACGGACCAGGAAGAAGCCUAGCGAUCUGAAUUCCUUUACAAAGUGCAUCCAGGACGCUGCAAGGGAAACGCUCCCGGUUCUAUUGCCGCGGAAGAAAUUUGUCUUUGCAUCUGCGGAAACAAAAUCCACGUACAAUUCCGCAUUUUUCGCGCGUAGCACUGGUGACUUCAACCAGGAAAAGCGUCUUAGAAAGAAGUUGCGUCGUCAACUGCAACAAGACUGCGAUAACGAGCCCACGUCAAAAGCGAAGGAGUUUGGAGAGGCGUGGGAGGACAAGAACCCGCAGAAUGCCUACGCUCUACUAAAACAGUAUAGCGGUAAAAUGAAAAGAUGUUCCCAUGUCCUUAACACUGCCAAUGGAAUGGCUGACGGUGAAGCAACCCUUCCAAUCUGGAGGGAUCACUUCUAG